UCAGCAGUGGGACAUGGACUCAAGCAGAAGCCAUGGUGGAGCAGACGCAGAGGACACUGAAGAGCUUCUUUACACUGAUUUAAAUGUCAGCAGGAGCGACUUUGACCCCGAGCCUCUCAGACCGGACCACUGUGACCUCCUCCUGGACGCCAUCGAUGCUCAGCUCGGUCAACUACAGGUCCAGACCCAGAAACAUCAGGACAUUUUCAAGAAGCCUGUCUGUAGAGAUGCUGCUCUUCAGUGGAGUCAGUCUCCAAGCAAAGACACGGGCCUUGGAAGCACGAUGCAAACAAACGACGCACCCAUGUCUUGUCUGGAUUUGAUACACUCUCCGGUGACGGAGCAAAGAUUAGACUGUCGGCGCAGUCCUGAGUCUCAGGAAGAGACUGAAGACAUGUCAGACGUAAGGACAAGAAUCAGAGAGGACGUGGAGUCUCACAGAGAGGAGGUCAUGUGGAGACUGCAGGGGCUUCUUGGAGACGCCUGUAAGGAGAAUACACUCACAGAGACACGGCCUCCGACAGACAGUAUCUGCACAGAGGACUUUGUCCGGCGCUUCAGAGAAGAGAUGGUGGAAGUGGCUUUGCCGCGCAGUAUUGUCCCGCAGCGGGACAAAGAGGAGGACACUGAGAGGACAGAGAUUUCAGACAGGGACACACGCCAGAGUGAACAAAAAGGACAAAGUGUUUGUGUUGUUGACGGAUCAUCAACACCUGGGAAAAGCACUAAAGAGACAGCGAGUGUCCACUAUUCUCUGUCAAAGAAGACGAGUCAGAGAAGACAGGAGCUGGACGAUUGUCCUCCACACAACUUCAGAGGAAAUGUAGCAAAUAUAAAUGAGAAGACACCGAAUGGACGUGAUGGCAGAAGAUGGCGCCCUCUCAUCCAGUCUAUCACUGGUUCAGAUGAUUCCUCCACUGACACUCACACACAAGAAGAAAGUGAACCUCAGUCGACAUCAGUCCACAGCUCCACGUUUGGAGAAGAACAAAAAAGAAGUCGAAAAGCUCUGCAUAAAAAGAGACAAACUUAUAGACUUGUGUGUUCUGUAGGAGACGAGGACACAGAUGAGAGGACGUCGGAGACAAUGCAGUGGAUGAAAAUGAAAGAGAGGCUUAAUCAUCUCAGACAAAAAUGUGAGAGAGAGGAGGAGACUUUAAGGAUGAAGAUGACUCAGUUCAGAGACGUCGAGCUCUGUCUCUCUGAACUGCGACAGAGAAGAAAGCAUGCCCUGCAGGAACUGGAGCGACUGUCUGCAGAGAUGAAUCAGAUGGAGACAGAGAAGCAGAACAUGGAGUUGUUUCUGGAGGAGAGGAGGUCAGAGUGUGACUCUAUCAGUUGCCAUGUGGAAGAGUUGCAGAUGCAAAGAGAGUCUUUUCUCAUUGACAUCAGAGACAUGGAAGAGGAACUUGCAACUCUGGGUCAACGUAAAAAGAGUCUACGGGAUGGACCCUUCAAGGAGAAGGAGAACAGUGUCAUCGUCAUGUCGGUGCUGGAGAGAGAGGAGCUGGAACGACAGCUGGAUCAUUCAAAAACUGCACUGUUUGCUGAACAACGGCGAGCCAGAGAGAAGCUGGAAUCCAUGCAAGAGAGUUUAGAACAAACACGCGAGGAACUGCAGCGAGCCACGGAGUCAGAGAGCUCGCUGAGGCACAGCUGUGCUCGUCUGCAGGAGAAACAGACGCAGAAGAAGGAGAAGAUCCAGGCUCUUGAGGCUCGUGUUGGUGAGCUGCAGGCUGAACGUGGACAAUGUCAGCUCAGGGCUGUUACUCUGGAGAAAAUGUUAGCACAGAAGGAGCUGCAGCUGCUCACUGUUCAGGAACAACACGGGGCCUUACAAGCUGAAAGAGAUGGACUGAAGGGGGCGCUACGACACCUGAAAAACCAGCACUGCACUGCACAGAGGGAGGCUCGAGAGCACACCUAUCAAAUUAUGCUCAAAGAAGACGAAGUUAAGAAGCUGCAGAUCUCUCUGGAGCAGCAGAGGGAGCAGGCAGAGAAGCGUGAAGAGGAGCUGCACAAAGACAACUCUGAAAAGGUGCACAAAGCAGUCGAGGAGGAGAGGAGGAGGUGGGAGGCGGAACGAGUGGAAGCUGUUCAGGUUCACUGUGGGAGGCUGGAGGAGAAGAACAGGAAGAGUGUGGAGAGAGUGAAGAGUGAGCUGCAGCAGGAGAAGAGUAAAACACUCACUCUGCAACACAAAGUUUCGGAACUUAAAAAGAGAAUGCAGGAGUUGGAGCGUGACACUUGUGCCCAGCAGAGAGAGCAGGAGUCUUUGCUGACUGUUAUCUGCAAAUCCCUGAAAGAGGAGCACCAGGCGGAGCUGCUCCGGUUGAAGAAACAGACGACUCAGGAGAGACGGGGGACGGAGGUGCGCCUCGAGCAGGCUGUUUGUGUGGCAGAGAAAGAGGCCGGAAGGCUCCGGGUGAUGCUUGAAGACAGAGAGAGCAGUUAUAACCGGAUCACAGCAGAGCUGGAGCAGCAGCACAGGCUCUGGGCCCAGGAGCUGAGAGCAGAGUGCCAGCAUCUCCAUCUCCUACUGGAACAGAGUGGAGCCAAACUGGGUCCUGUGCCACUGCCUGUCAGUCCUACAGAAGCUGAGGCUCUUACAAGCCUACGAGCACUGAGAGAGCAGCUGGAGCACGUCAUUACACAUCUACACCAAGAGCUUCAUUCACAACAACUGAAUACUGAGCAGCUGAGGAAACACAAGGAGCGAGAAUUGGGCAUGCAGAGGGAACAGCUUAGGAUGGAGAACGAUCAAGCCAGAGAUUCUCUUAAGGAACGACUCAUUCAGGAGCACAUUGAGGAGUUGAGCAGCCUGACCAGGACUCAUGUGAGUGAAGGAGGAGGAGGAGUAGCAGCAUCUCUCCGUAAGCAGCUGAAGGCCAAAGACCUGGAGCUCAGGCAGCUUCAGAGGAGCAUGAGUGAGUGGAAGGAGCAGACAACAGCUCGCCUGGCAUGCAAGUUUGAAGAGGAGUUAACUGUUGAACUGGAAAGGUGCAAGACAAAGUUAUUAAGGGGAAGAAAAACAAAGAUCCAAGGAAGGGAAAGGAUAUCUGAAAAGGCUGAAGGAGGCGAAGAGAUGGCGCCUAAAGCAAAGGAAACUCAGAAUUCCAUUUUCUGUCCCUCCCUCCAUGUUGUUGUGGACUCUGCUGCCUCCCGCAGUCCUUCAGACGUGGCCUCAUUUAAGCUCCUGCGUUUCCUCCAGACCAGAGUGAAGCAGCUCCGCCUUGAAAACCAGGCUUACCACUGGAAUCCAUCUCCUCCACACACAGUGGCCGUAGAUUUGUCAGGAUCCUAUCUUUCCACAAUCCCUCAAGGCCAAGAUUCAGUCAGCCAAGUCAUCAACCAGGACCUUCUCAAAUGAAGGAAGUGAAAUCUUGCUUAUACGAGAACAAUUUACAAGAAUGUCAAGUUAUACUUUUAGACUCUCAGAGAUGAAUCAUUUACUGUCAGGAUGUGCUUCAGCAGGUCACGGUGACAAAUGACACAAGUGGAAGAUCCAGUCAUGAAGUCCACAUUCCUCUGGUCAUAUUUUACAACGUGAGGUUACAGUGAACUGUAAAUGUGGGAUCAGCUGACAUUUCACUAGAGUGAGACUCACAGUUCAUGUGAGUUAUGUCAAAUAACCUCAUAAAGCUGAGGGUUCUUUGUCAGAAGCCCUCGUAUAAUCAUAAAGGUUUCAUGCUGUUUGACUGCACAAUACAUCUCUCUGUUUCUGGCAAGUAUAAAAUUGUCAUUUAGUCAUUACAUUAGAAUGCAAUGACUUAUAAUAUGACUUCAGCACACAUACAGUAUUUGUUUUCAGUCAUAGUUUUUAAAAGAAUACUGUAUGAAUUAUCAAGUUUAGAGGUCACAUGGUGUUCCACAGGGAUUGAUAAUGGGACCAUUACUCUUCAUAAUACACUGCUAACACAAUGUUUAUGCAAGUCAAGCUAAAUUCUAUUCAAUAAAAAAGUCAUGCGCAACCUUUUUAUUUGGACAUUUAAGAGUUUAUU